AUGAUGCCAGAUAAACAUAAGAUAAAGUUGUUCUCCCAUUUCAAGCAGACGUCUGAUGAGGAGUUGACGCCUUCUUCCUCCAACCACUCGCAUUCGAAUAGAAAAUUUUUAGGAUUAUCGAUAGGAAAGCAUGAAUCUGGAGAAUCGAUUGUAUCGCCUACUCAUACCAAUUCUCUAGAUCACCAUCAUAAUUCGAGUCUGUCCCUGGAUGCACCUCACGGUGGAAACUCGCCGUCUCCGCAGGUACAUUCAAGUCACUUGAAUCAGGAGGAUUCUAAUCAUAAUUUCAUGAAAUCCAACUCAAUGGUGGAACUUAAGAGGUUCUUCAAGCCCAACAAGAAGAAGCACGAUCAAUUUCCUCAUUAUCAUAAUAAUUUACAUUCCCCUCCUGCGAUUGCAGGAUCACAUCAUGUUUUGAAUAUGCCUGGUGGCAAUAGCAGGGACCAAUCUUCAGCGACCUUGGCUACACUAAUUAAUCAAACAUCUACCCAAUUGCUUCAUAAUGCGUCUCAUAAUCACUCAUCACUGAAAGACCCAUUUACGGACGACAAUUCACCGUUGGUCAAAAAAUAUGGAAAAAUUGGUAAGGAACUAGGAAGUGGUGCGGGAGGUUCUGUUAGACUUAUCAUUCGUCCUUCAGAUUCCAAAACUUUUGCCGUUAAAGAAUUCCGUCCCAGAAGGAGUGCAGAAUCAUUGAAAGAUUACACUAGAAAAUGUACUGCUGAAUACUGCAUAGGAUCGACAUUGAAGCAUCCUAAUAUAAUUAAGACCAUUGAUAUCAUUCAUGAGAAUAAUAGGUACUUCGAGAUUAUGGAGUACGCACCAAUAGACUUCUUUGCAGUGGUAAUGAGUGGUAACAUGUCAAGACACGAAAUAAAUUGUUGUUUAAAACAAAUUUUAGAGGGCAUUCGCUAUUUGCAUGAUUUGGGUUUAUCUCAUAGAGAUUUGAAGUUGGAUAACUGUGUUGUAACGAUGGACGGUAUUCUUAAGAUUAUUGAUUUUGGAAGUGCUGUAAUUUUUAAAUACCCAUAUGAUCAAUAUGGAUCUAAGGAAGCUGUACAUUAUGCCCAUGGCAUUGUGGGAUCGGAUCCUUACCUAGCUCCUGAAGUAUUAAAGAAUUCAAAUUCCUAUAACCCUCAACCAGUUGAUUUAUGGUCUAUUGCAAUAAUAUAUUGCUGUAUGACAUUGAAGAGAUUCCCCUGGAAGAUUCCACAUCCUGAUAAAGACAAUAGCUUUAAGCUAUAUUCAAAAGAGGAUGAUAAUUGGCAUGAUUACUAUUUGAGUAAUGAAUGUCACAAGCUACUUUUGCACCAACGGAAAUUGAAAAAUAUUAUCGUAAGACUGAAUAAAAGGAAGAAGCAGCAAAGUGAAUCUGAACGGGCUGAAGCCGAAGGGUCGCCUAUGGACCAAGAGAAGGAUCAGUCGGAUCACAAAGAGGAAAGUCAGGAUGAGCACUCAGUGAAACAUGAAGACAAAGACGAAGAAAAGGAUGAUGAAAAGGAUGAUGGACAUGAAGGCCAGAAUGGAAUCUUGACGGAACAACAAGUGCAAGAUAUCUUGGCUCAACUCAAAGCUAUUGAUGUUAGGUUGGAAGAGUUGGAGACAAUAAAAAAUGAGAAGAAGAAAAAGUUUAUCGAAGUUCAGAAGCAAUCUGACGAAGGGAAAGAGGAGGAAAAGGAACAACAGCCUGCCAAGAAAUCGUCGCACAAACAAAUUCAUGGCCCCUAUAGAUUGAUGAGGCUCUUGCCCCAUGCGUCAAGGCCAAUUAUUCACAAAAUGCUUCAAAUUGAUCCAAAAAAGAGAGCGACCUUGAAAGAAAUAUUCGAGGAUGAAUGGAUCAAAGAUAUAAAAUGCUGCACUAUGAAAUCUACAGCGAGAAGUGAAGAUAAUAUCGGCUCUAAUUUCGACGAAGAUGAGGAUGAAGUUUUAGUAAAGGGAAGUCCUCCUCAUGAGCACACCAUAGUGCUUGAAAAUGACGAAGAAACUAAAGAAUCUUAA